GCGUGAACGGUGGUCAUGUCGGUGAAUACGGACGAGCUCAGGCACCAUGUUAUGAUCAACCAGUUCGUCCAGAUCGCCGGUUGUGCCGCUGAUCAGGCGAAGCAGCUUCUUCAAGCGGCUCACUGGCAAUUUGAGACAGUUAUAAGGAAGUUAUUUCUUGUAAGAGAGGGUGGAUUAUACACCCGGUCCUUCAGAGUGUAAACACACAGUCACGGUCUGGAGUACGUACUCAUGCAGCUCCCAUCCUCUCCCACCACAGAUGGCUCUCAGCUCCUUCUUCCAGGAGGCCAGUAUCCCCAGUCACCAUCAUCAGAUGAUGUGCACCCCGCAGAACACCCCCGCCACCCCGCCCAACUUCCCCGACGCCUUCGCCAUGUUCUCCAAGCUCCGGGCCUCCGACUGCGGCUCGGGCAAUCCCACAAGCCCCGGCGGCGCCUCCAUGGCCUGCUCGCCGCCCUCCCCGGCCUUCUGGGCCUCGGCCCCCCCGCCGGCCCACCAGCCCGCCUGGAUGCCCCCCCCGCCCUCCCCCACGGGCCCCCACCUCUGCCACCACCUGCACCCGGGGCCCCCGCCCGGCGGGCUGCAGCCCUCCCCCGCCCUGUCCGCCCUGCAGGGCCAGAGAUGAGACUGACCAUGGGGGGGGGCGGGCGCGGGGCGGGGGGCGUAGGGGGGGGAGGGAGGGCCGGGCUGGUGACAAACUGAGUUCAGGGAGGAGGGGUUGAGGAGGGUGCCGACCCUGCUUUCAAGUGGUGUGGGGUUUAUACGGUCUGGACCGGUUUCCCCAAGGACAGGGCCGGGUGUACACCUGAUUAUGUCGGAUGAUCAAGUCGGGGAAAUCGGGAUUCUAGAUGCAGCACGAAUUCGGCCGAGUUGUGACGUACUCACUCUUGCCAACACGGUCGAGCAAACAGAGUCCUCCGUGUAAGCAAAGGCAGAGGCUACUAUACCACUGCUACAACCCCAUAGACAUUCUGUGAUGAUCAUGCACUGUAGUACUGCAGCGUUCGAUUUCCUGUGGCUUUUGCAUUAAUAACCCCCCCAGAAAUAGCCCAAAAGUGCUGCCUAUAUCUAGCUAGCCAACUGCUAGCCGAGAAUGCAAACAUCUGACAGGAACUAACGCGCAGCCACAGAGAUUAUCUUCGCCUUGUCCGACCACAAGGCACGCGAACGAGUGGGAUGGCCCAGUUACGAGGUACGCCCAACUCGGGGGGGAAGCUACCCACCCGACAGCACUUGAAAGCGGGGGGUCGGCAGGCUGUGAGGCGCUCAGGUGCUGGAGCCAGUCCGCUAGCGCGCGGCGCGGGGUCUACAUGACGAGUCCCGGUUUGGCACCAGGAAGUGGACGUCUCACAGUCCGCCUGAGGCCUCUUCUGUUCGCCCCGGGGGGUUUCUGAGAAUUUUCAGGUCUGAGGAGGAGGAGGAGGAGGGGGAAGUGGGCAAUGUAUUUUAUUUUUCCUUUUUCUGAUCAGCCUUUUUCUAUAUUUUUUGAGGACUUUUUUUUCUAACCCCUUCCCCGUUUAUUUCUUUGACAAAAACAAAUGUGUUCACCAGCACGCAGAACCCAGGAGUGACGAAAAUGAUGUUGUUGAGAGGAGCUUCCUGUCUGCAGAGGGGGGGGGGGAACGCUGCCCUCUAGAGGAGAGCGGUUGCAAAGACGGGCGCGGGAAACACGCACGCGCGCGGGCGGGUCGACCUGAGGCUGGACUGGCCCGCACGCUGCACUGCACCGCGAGGAGGAAGUGAGGUCGUUUCACUCCAGCGUUGCCCCGGAGACAGCCGAGGGGUUUCCUGCCGUCUUCGGAUGAGCGAACGGACAGUUUCGUUCUGAUAUCCUCCUCCGCUGACAAACGAGAGGACCUCACAGGAAAAAGUCAAACGUAGUGCGUGCGUGUCACAGUGCGGAAUUGAAAUCCCGACCAAUCGCAAGGUGGUACGGGGAGCUUCGCAACGGGGGCGCAGACGCCCGAUUGGAGCAAUUCGAGUUCGAAGAUGUAAUGGAGUCGGGUCUUCAGAGUGUGCGAGAGAGAGAGGGAGGGAGAGAGGGAGGGAGUGAAUGAGUGAGAGUAAGAGAUGUUUUAUACGCAAGCAGUUAGGAAAUUGGGGCUAAUGGACAUUGUGGUCUUAAAUCCAACAUGAGCAAUAAUGACAAGACCCCAAGCAAUAAACGUCCGUUAACCCUUUCAGUCCCCGAGCCCAAUGCGCAGUCACUCCGAGGGGUUUCGGCUCGGGCUGAGAAAGUGGAGAGAAAGGGUAGCAGGGUUCUCACGGGGGCUCAAAACGUAGAGUAUAGCGGCCAUUUUGAGUGGCUGAAAGGGUAUGCGGUCGAGAGUGCCGCGCGGCGGACUGAGAGGGUUAAGAGCACAAAGGCCCCCGAGCUUUAGUCUGCCCCAGAUGUGCAGAGCAGUCUGGCCCAGUCUCAGGAUGUGGAGACGGUGACUGGAACGGGUGGUGACUCAUAGCUGCACCCCCCCUUCCCCCCCAGUAAUGCCACACACACACACACACACACACACAGCUGCUUACAGCCCUGUCACCUCCUGGAGCCCCAUCAUUACUCUAAAGUAUAUAAGGGAGAGCGGGGUCUGUUGUGAUACGGGGUCCAUUGUUACCCAAUGUUUAGUUUUUAGUCCCCCCCCCCCCAAUCAAAAACAAGCCUGCUGUGAAUCACAUUGCACACCUCGGAUUUCAACGGUUUCCUGUCAACUUCCUGUCAACUUCGCGUGACAAUCGACCCCAUGUCACAAGGGACCCCACUCUCCCGUAGAUCGUGUAUGGUGAGGUGGGGGGCUCUGUUUCAGGCCCCCCCUGAAAGGCUAAGGCUGGCCCACCGGAGAUGGAAAUCCCAGGGGUCAGAAAGUAAAAGUCCUGCGCUGCGUUUCGUCCACCCGUCCGGCCAGCUGAUUUCACCAAUUAGUUCUCCCUCCCGGCUGAAGAAUUGUGCUAAUUAGGCGAAGCCAGGCGACUGGACCGAAGCACCGGAGCAGACUUUCUGAACCUGGGAUUUCCCCCCACCUCUCUGACUGGCGCCGGGUGCAGCCGUUCAAACGCGCGGCACGAGAAACGGUUUCUGUUUGUCUGGACGGGCGGGGAGAAUGUUCCAGAACGACGCCGUCGCGCCCGUGAGGCGUGCGCAGGCCUGUACAGACACGCAGUGUGAGUGUGUGUGUGUGUGUGUGUGUGGAGAGAGAGUGGGGAGGGGAGGGGGGUGGCGUUUCCUGCCCCUGAAUCACUGGAGCCUCUGCAGUGCAUCGACUGCUGCGAACCAGGCUCAGCUCAGACGAUGAUGAUGAUGAUGAUGAUGAUGAUGGUUAAACGCAAUACGGUGAUCAGGUUGAGUGAGACCGGGGGAGGGCCUCGUGGGAAAGCCGGAGGUUGUUCGACAAUGGCAGCACCGGCGGUUUUCGUUGGUCUGGUUGACACCUGCGAGAGACCUCAAAUUUAACAUAUUGGCCAUGUUAUUGAACAUGUUAUUGAAAGUAAAGGGAGGAGGAAGCAAGGUCGUGGUUUCAUACUUUGUGUCACAAGGAGCGUUUUCGCGUCUUGAUGUGGUGUGUGGUCUCCCCCACUGGAUUCAUCUCACGGAACACUCAAAAGACCAAUCUGAAAACUCCCUGACCUGAAGAACUCAUAUUAUGAGUAUUAGGUGUCUUCUAGACUGAUAAUGUGUCAAACAAGAUAUAACUCUACUUAUCACGGAACGCAGUAGAGAGUGAGGUGUAAAAAACCUUUUCUGGAAAGUUCUAGAAAGACCAGCGUACUCCAGAGACAUAAUGCGUGUGCAAGUUCCCUCUUCUUUCCAUUUAUUUCCUCUGUCGACAUUUAUAUUUAUAUAUUUAAAAAAAAUGUGUGAUCUUCUUUCCAAGUUUUUAAAAUAAAACAAAGUUUAAUAAACGCAA